UUGAUGAAGAUCCUCACUGAGCGUGGUUACUCAUUCACGACCACGGCUGAGCGUGAAAUUGUCCGAGACAUCAAGGAAAAGCUGUGCUAUGUUGCCCUUGACUUUGAACAAGAAAUGGCUACCGCUGCUUCCUCAUCUUCUCUGGAAAAGUCUUAUGAGCUUCCUGAUGGACAAGUGAUCACAGUUGGAAACGAGCGAUUCCGUUGUCCGGAGGCACUGUUUCAGCCUUCGUUCUUGGGUAUGGAAUCGGCUGGUAUACAUGAGACUUCGUAUAACUCCAUCAUGAAGUGUGAUAUUGACAUCCGAAAAGAUCUUUAUGCAAACACAGUGCUUUCUGGAGGAACAACAAUGUAUCCUGGUAUUGCUGAUCGCAUGCAGAAAGAAAUCACAGCUCUUGCCCCUAGGUUUGUGUCUGAUGUGCACGAUGAAGAUCAAGAUUAUUGCUCCCCCAGAGCGCAAAUAUUCUGUCUGGAUUGGAGGAUCCAUUUUGGCUUCCCUAUCUACCUUCCAACAGAUGUGGAUCUCCAAGCAAGAAUACGACGAAUCCGGUCCAUCCAUUGUCCACCGCAAAUGCUUCUAAGCGUCAUCCAUUGCAGUCAGCGAACCGCCAAGUUGUUUCCUGCCACCUUUCUUGUUUUUGUGCAUAUUGUCCUUUUCAUCGUUAUCAUUUUGAGUUAA